GGAAUUACUAGUUACAUCUAGUAUAUAAAUGGGUUUACGGGUUUGAGUUUUGAAGAGAGGUGCACAGCGCGCAAUGAACACUCCCAAUCAUCCCUAAAACCCUCGCGAUUUUAGUGUUUGGAUUGGCGUAUAUUUAGCUGUUUUUGGAUUUUAAGUGCUUUUUAGUUUUUGGAGGUGUUUGGCAAAGGUUCAGCUGCAAAAGAAUUAGCAACUUGGUGAAACCUCUUAAUAAACGUCAUCUUAGUGAAGCGGUCACUAUAGGAUCGUCAAGGGCGAAAUCUGUGUGGUAAAAUAGAGGCCUUGAUAGGAAGAGGAAGCAGGUCUGUGAGUAGAGACAAUUAUGGCCUUGGUUGAAGCAGUUAAAGCAGAACCUUUAAAAGUGCUAGAAAAUGAUGAGGAAGUUGAAUUUGUCUGGGGUAGAAAGAGAGGUCUUGGUGGUAAAAGAAAGGAGGUACAGUUUUAUGAAUCUUUUACCUAUGAUGGCAUGGAAUAUGCUCUAUAUGACUGUGUAUACAUGCACAAGGAAGGUGAACUUCCUUACAUUGGUAAGAUCAUAAAAAUAUGGGAAAAUCCAGACAAGUCUAGGAAGAUAAAGAUUCACUGGUUUUUCCGUCCAUCAGAGAUCUUGUAUCACCUGAAAGAUGUACAGGUAGCUGAGAAUGAAGUGUUUCUUGCCUCUGGUGAAGGCACUGGUUUGGCCAAUGUUAAUUCUUUGGAAGCUGUUGCUGGCAAAUGCAAUGUUGUUUGCAUUUCAGAGGACAACAGAAAUCCGCAACCCUCAGAUGAAGAAGUUAAAGCGGCUGACUAUGUUUUCUACCGUGUUUUUGAUGUUGGAAAUUGUACAAUUUUGGACAAGAUGUAUGACAAAAUUGGUGGGCUGGAUGUCAAAUAUGUUUUUAACAGGCAAGAGAGUCAAAAGGGCAGUCAUGUCCUCAAACUUGCUUCUGACCAGAAAGAUGACAAAACUGCCAUGGAAAAUCAAGCUAAUGGGGAGUCCGAUGGGCUAAAGCCUCAGAAUUCUCCUGGAACUGCCAAAGCGAGUAAUUUAAUUGGAAAAAGUGAUGUACAAAGUUCUUUGGUUAGACAGGAUGUCUUACAAAGAGAUACUAAUGUUUUACGUGUCAAUCAGGCAACAGCUAAGAAAGGGAAUUCUAUCCCUGGUGAGAAAAACUCACAUGAUUUAGGAGUUGCCAAACCUGCUGGAAAAUCAGGCCAUUUAGCGGGAAGAAGUGAUGUAGAUGCACAAAGUUCACCAAUUAGAGGGGAUGCCUUACAUGGAGAUGCAAAUGAUUCUCACAUUGAGCUGCAACCAACAAUGAAAGGAAAUCCCGCUCCGGUGCUGACUGUUAACAGAAACACAGACACUACAGUUGUUCACAUGCAGAAUACUAUAAGUGAAGAAAAUGCACGUUUCAUAGAUAAGAAUGACAAGGAUGAUGGAAAAGUUAAUAAGCCUCCAGUAAAACUCGUAGAAGCUGGUGAAAGAGGAAAACCUCCAAAGAAUCUCGGCAUUCUGGAUGGUAUGCCUUCAAAACGAAUAAAAGUAAAUGGUUCUGAGACAAUAUCAGACGACAAGGGUGGGAACAGUGUACAGAACUCCAGUGUUUGCAGAAAUGACAAAAAGAUUAUGGGAUCAAGUGAUGCUCCUUCUGAUGAAAGAAAGAAAUCUGAUAGUAAGCUUUCUGGUGGACUGGACAAGAACGUGAAGAUCCGAAAAGAUGGUGCUGCCUUGGAUAUCAGACCUCCGAAGAAAACAAAUAUCGACUCUCAUAAAGUAAAACAAGAUAGUGAUAAAAACAUCUCAAUAAGUAAACGUGUCGAUAGUAUAGACAAGUUGCCUAAACUAUCUGCUGGAACAUCCGCGAAGGAAGUUGAGAGAACGGAAGGCAAGAGCUUCGAAGUCAAUCGGAGACCCGUUGUAGGGUCGAGCACGUGGUUUAAGGCACCUGCCUGGGAGGAGGUGAUGCAAACAUCAAAUGAGCAAGGGACACUUGUCUUGCUAGAAAAUUUGAAUCCUGAAUAUACAUCAGGAGAGGUGGAGGAUAUUAUCUGGCAUGCAUGCAGGGAAAACAGCACAGCCAAAAUGGUUCAGCGCACUGCUUUCUCUAGCCCGUACUCUGGUAGAGCGUUAGUUGCUUUCCGAACAAAGGAAGCUGCAGAAAGGGUCAGUAAAAAGUUGGAUGAUGGAUGCUUAAUGGUUUCAAAUAAGAGGCCGCUCGUUGCUAGCUUUGUAACCCUUCCGGAAUUGGAAGGAAACUCUCCAUUUGCUGGGCAUCUAUGUGUCGACAAGCUAAGACUCCAAGCGCUGCGGGAAAUGAAAGAAGCAGUUUCCACUUCUCAUUGUUCUCAGCCCAACACCAUAGAGCAUGAAAUGGGCAUUGAGUGGCGCUUACUGCAAUCAAGAUCUGACAGUUGGUGGAAUCGGCUAUAUAAGCAACAAAAUGAGGACCUAAGAAAAACUGUGUCAGAGCUCAAGAGAAAAUGAGAAGCUACAGCUUUGUGCAUAGUGUACUUGUGAUUUCUGUCUUUUUGGAGAUGACUUCUUUUGGUAAUGGUGUUAGAUUUUUGCUCGAGCGACACAUCUAUGGGUUUGGAUACAUGACUAGUAGACUCUCUUUCCUCCGGGAAUCGUGGCAACUCUUAGAUGUACAUAUAUAUAACAUUCACAUAUUUCUGCGUCUUUCCUUUGCAGAUCAUAUUCUGUAAUUGAUAAAGUUGUAAGAGCUGAGCCCCAUUUUCUUUCUGCGAUUUGUAUAACCUAAUCCUUUACCUUGCUGGGGUUUGGGGGUGGGGACUAAUUUUAAAGGCGCAAAGUUUACCUUGCAGCGAAAUGCGUAUGCCUAUCUGAAAUUUUGGUCCUUGAAUUGCCUGGGCAUAGUGUUCUGUUCAGAAUCUGUUUUCGAAUAGUAAUAGAAUUUCUUGAUACUGAAUUUGGAUUAGCAAGAAUCAAGCAUGUUCCAAUUGAACAAGCAUUUGAUUCAUUUGUUUAACGAUUAUCUUAGCGAUAUUUAGUUUGAACAUGUAUUUUGCAUGGGGAAGUGGAACAAUUAGACUUGCUUCUCCUUUUUUGGCCAAAUUACGAUUUUUGUUCAUAUGUAAUUGCGUGCCUGUGUACUAAAAAAUAAAUGAAAAGAUGAUUUUUCUUGA